UUUAGAGCAGGAUCAAACCAAGUAGGCAGUGAAAGCAGGGGGAGAAAAUGACAAGCGGAUAAGGAGGAGGGUUUCCUUGGCUCUGUGCUCCCCUCCGCCUUGCAGAAGUGGCCUCUCCCGACCUGUCAAAGCUGUCAAGGAGGAAGCCGGCAUUGGAGGCUGCUUGGCGUGACCUCCUGCCCUCUUGGAGGCCUGGACAAAAAAGGAAAGCCACCUUUCUCUUGAGUUUUUUUUAAAUUUGUAUUUGAAUAAUUUCUUGUUCUGUUUUGCCAUUUGCACCAUUUCAGGUCCUAUUUUGGCAUUUGCAUAAUUUCUCGUUUUGUUUUUGCAUUUGCACCAUUUCUUGUCCUAUCUUUGCAUUUGCCCAUUUCUUACCCUAUUUUUGCAUUUGCCCAUUUCUUGUCCUAUCUUUGCAUUUGCCCAUUUCUUGCCCUAUUUUUGCAUUUGCCCAUUUAUUGUUCUGUUUGGGCAUUUGCACCAUGGGGGCCCUGGCCUGGCUUUUGGGGGGUGCCGCCGCCUUCUUUGGCCUCCUGGACGGCUGGUACCUGCUCCGGAUGCCCGUCAUCUACAUCUACGCCCGCUGGGUCCUGCCGACGGUGUGGGACCUGCUGCAAGAGCAAAGCUUCCAGAGCCGGGUGCUGCUCUCCGAUCUGGACUUCCUGCUGCACAUGAACAAUGCGCGCUACCCCCGCGAGGCGGAUCUGGCCCGCUCGGUGCACUUGACCCGUUGCGGCCUCUUCCGGGCCAUCCGGGCCCUCGGGGGCCACACCGUCCUGGCCGCCUCCUGCUGCCGCUUCCGACGCUCCUUGCAAUUUUGGGAGCCCUUCGAGAUCCGGACCCAAGUGCUGGGCUGGGACGAGCGGGCCUUCUUCCUCGAGCAGCGCUUUGUCAGCGGGAGGGACGGAUUCAUUUGCGCUGUCCUGCUGGUGCGACAGCAUGUGGUGGGGGCCACGCCGGAGAAGGCCGUGCAAAUGCUGUGCCGCAGAAAGGUGGAGUCUCCAGAGCUUCCUGAAGAAGUCCUCCACUGGAUGAAAUACAGCGAAGCCAGCAGCCGCCGACUCCGGGCUGAAAGUGACUUCCCGCAAGAUAGCAAAGACCAGUAGCGAGAUGCCUCCGACCUGUCCGUUUACUUGAUCUGUUUUGGAGUAUACUUGAUGAUGCCUCUUCUUUCUGAUAGCCGUUGUGACGUCAACCGUUGACCCUUCUCUAUACUUUUGACGAUGGUAGCACCAGAGCCAGGGAAAUGGAUGGUUAAGAGCAGCAUCCCCAGAAACACGGAAGACCGCAUUGGCAACACUUUAGAAGCACUGAGCUUAGCUCUAGGAAGGCGAAACCUCACUUACCUUCUAGAUUUGGAGGGUCACCACAAAUCCAAAGCACUGGAGAAGUCAAAGGGUUAUGCAGUUGAGUCUUAUUAUGGACUGAAGGGUCAUCUAGAUCCAAACAAAUUAAUCAAUAGCCAGGUGGGAUUUUUGUGGCCUUCCAGGUGUCGUUGGACUACAACUCCUAGCAUCCCUCACUGUUGGCUAUGCUGGCUAGAGCUGCUGGGACUUGUAGUCCAGCAACUUCUGGGAAGGGCACGCAUAUUCCCAAAGCAACCGACUCUCUCUCGCCCUUAAUCUUUAUGCCUUUAUGCUACCUCUUUAUUGCUUUACAUUGGCCUUCCUCGACUCUAGGUCUUUGGGAUCACAACACCCAUUGUCCCCUGAUCGUUGGAAGGAAACGAAAAUGAUAUUUGGGAUCACAACCCCCAUUGUCCCCUGAUCAUUGGAAGGGAACGAUGGGAGGUGUUGUCCUAAUCAAAACAAAGUCUCGAGAUGGGGAAGGUUGGUUUAAACGGAAACAGAGGCGUUUCCAUCCAAAUGAACACGCAACACAAAAUGCGGAGUGGGUACAAAAAGGGACCGUUGUGGUUUCACCAGGGCAUUAAAUCCGCUCCGGGUUUUAGUCUGAACUUUAAAAGGAGUCAUCCAAGAUGGUGAAUGUAUUUAGUAGCUAAAGUUCAAGGCUUUCGGAUAGCACCCUUAAAGUUCAGACUAAAAUCCGGAGCAGGCGCACACUGCUGAUACAGAAGCCACCAACCCUAUAUCUUAUACAAGCCACUGGAAGGAACAAUACCUCCCCUGCUGUGGGUGCGAUGUUCAUUUGACUGAAUGUACCAAAGGAGCACCUUCCACACUUGUUCAUGUGUUACAGUAGAGUCUCGCUUAUCCGACCUUCGCUUAUCCGACAUUCCGUCUUAUCCGACGUCCCCGUUUUCCUUCAACAUUUCCACUUCAAUUAAAGGAGCGCUCGCCAACUCUCUCUCCAUUCCCAAUAAGUGAAAAAGGCAAGACAAGGAGGAGGAAAGGGUGAAAAGAGGAGGGACCGGAAGCGGAAGCGUCCUCCCUCCUUCCCUCUGUGAUUUCCAUGCUCCUCUUCCGCAUCUGGGCACUUCCUGCUGGGCCUCUCUAGCCCCGAAGCGUUGCCUUGCUUUAACUCUUUGAGUCCCUAUUGUUAGUAUUCUAGGUGUCGGACAGAUAACAGUCGGAGACUCCCUAUUAUCCAACAUUUUUGUUUAUCCAACAUUCUCCCGGUUUGUUUAUGUUGGAUAAGCGAGACUCUACUGUAUUUUCAUUUCUUGGUAUUUUCAAUUACUUGACAGUAAAGCACUGAGAAGUUUCUGACAGAUUGAUCUCAAAGCACUUAGGGAAGUUUGUUUGUUUGUCUUUAGUAUUCAAUUGCUCAGAGUUGUUUUACCUCUUAGAGUAGAAAUACAUUUGUCCCUCCGCAUUUGUUAAGGGUGCAGAAGUGGAGAAACCUUGCAUAUACCAUAUUUUCCGGCUUACUAGAUGGCUGGUUGUAUAAUAUGACCCUCCAACCUUUCAAUUCAAAAUUUCAAUUUUUUGGAUAUACUCGCCGUAUUAGACUACCCCUCUUGCCAGCCCCUUCAGGCCCCGAAGCCUCUUUUCCUGGAUGUUUAGGCAGCUUCUCAGCUCCAUAGAAGCAGCCUCUCCUCCACCAGCAGCCAGCCCCUGCCACAGCUAGCCAACCGCCAUACUCAUCACGUCCUGGAUCCAAAACAAGAUGGGAGCUCCUAACAGGCAAGGGAGGCGGGCAGCUGCCCUGCGCUGGAGCAGAGUGCCCAAAGCUGCACUCCUCUGGCACCACUUGCCUCCCACUGCCAAGCUUCAGCCUCACUGAGGGACUCUUCCACUCCAGGCCGGAGGAGGAGGAGGCGAU